UGAAGAUGUUGCUGGUGUUUGGUGUUGUGUUUGAAACACCUAUUUGUGUAGUGGGUGUAUAUUUAAUGCUCCCAAGAGAAGAGUUUCCCGAGCCUCAUUCAGGGGACAUUCAGGCUCCUGUUACCUGCUAGACAGAAGCAACAUACACAAGUAGACUGGUGAUUAGGUCACCCUAUUGACAAACAGUUAGACUGUAGUUAUUUUUGCACUUUCAUGGACCAUGUGGACACCUUAUGCGUCAAAACUUAGAUACACAAAGCAUGCAGUUUUAGUAAGUUCAAAUCCCCCUGUUUGAGUUACCUCAGGUGGUUACUCUAAGAGCGGGAUUUGAACUCUCAUUUUGUAAUUUUGGCUGAAACACUCUUUUCACUCAGCUUUCCAUUCUUCACACCUUUAGUGUGUGAAAAUCAUUGUGGAGAGCCAAGGUAAAAAGAAAAAAAAUAAUUAGAAGGAUUUUUCAUUAACGAUUUGUAAUUAUGUCUUCAAAGAGUAUGAAGUAUAGUAAGAUAGAUAGUACACAUCUUCAAUUGUGAUUAAAGGUGAGCACACAGAAACUUUCCCCCUUCAGCUAAUGAACAUGAAACCAGUUUUGUAGUGUCAACCUCUGUACAUAUCAUUAUUAUACUGUAUGCACAAUGAACCCUGGGCCUGUGUGGUGUACAAUGUUGAGGCAUUCUUUUUAAUGUAGGCUAUUAUUGUUAUUUCUUCGCCCCAUAAUGUUAACUUUGCCUUGUAACUUCUUGAUACCAUGGGCACUAGAGCUAUUAAACAGGUAAAAUCCCAUUUGACAUGCAUUUUACAGUGUUGCCACUCUUGUCAGAGCCUCUGGGUGUACUUUAUGAAUGUCAUGUUUUAUAUUUACAGCCACACUUUUAUAUUAAAUGAUGACCCCAUAGUUUUUCCAUAGGUUGACAAACGUUGACAGUGGCAGCACAGGUUAAUGUGCAGGUCUGUCUUGAAGAGCCCUCACACCUCACCUGUCAAUGUUUGGUCAACCCAUCUCUCUUUUGAACCUCUAGCGUAACAUAAUCUAAAGGGUCGCAGAUUUCCAUGUAACACCGGCGCGAGUGCAUGCCCGCAUCUUUCGUCCGCCGUCAACUCCAGCCGUAAAUGAGUGACUUCGCUUGGGUGCGGUCGCCACUGUUGAGCUGUCAAUCUCCGUUGACCGGCUGACUCUAGAGGCUGGUUUUGUCGUUGCUUUGACGUCAGUGCGAGCUAUAAUGAAGCCGACAACGUGGGUAUAAAAGCCGGUUUGAAGGCUGGCGCUCUGAUGCACCAAGCUCCUGGACUGAUCCGGGUUAACAUCAGGAUACCACACGCGGGAGGGCUGAGGGGAUCAAGAUGCACUUUCUAAGCUUUACUCUCAUCCUUCUACUGCAGAUGACUUUACAGACUGAGCUGCACGGUGCCAAAUGGACAUACAAUGGGCCAGAGGGAGAGCACCACUGGUCCAAACGUUAUCCAUAUUGUGGUGGAGCUUUCCAGUCUCCUAUAGACAUGAAGUCAGAGCUGCUAAGGUUCGACCCAACUUUACGUCCAAUUGAGGUUCAAAACUACAACCUGUCGCCCAACGAGCAGCUUACUCUUGGAAAUAAUGGACAUUCUGUACAAAUAUCACUGCCCUCUAAGAUGUACAUCUCUAGCCUGCCCCAUCGUUACACUGCAGCUCAACUACAUUUCCACUGGGGCUCCUCCAGCAGACCUGCAGGCUCCGAACACAUGGUGAACAGUAAGCAGUAUGCAGCAGAGAUGCAUGUAGUACACUUCAAUUCGGACAAGUAUCCCAAUAUGUCAGUGGCUAUAGACAAAUCUGAUGGACUGGCCGUGCUGGGUGUCCUGAUUGAGGUUGGAGAGUUCAAUCCAGCCUUUGAACAAUUUCUGAAGUUCAUCAAUGGCAUCAAAUACAGGGAUCAGAGAGUGCAGGUGCCCGGUUUCAACAUCAGACCACUGCUGCCUGCACGUUUAGAUGAGUAUUAUCGCUAUGACGGGUCACUGACGACUCCGCCGUGCUAUCCCAGUGUCCUGUGGACAUUGUUCAGGAAUCAUGUAACAAUAUCUCGAAAACAGUUUCUCGCGCUGGCCACAGCCCUCUACUCCUCCCGUGCCCAGGACUCAGACCCUGUGCCUCUAAAUGGCAACUACAGGAAACCACAGCUCGCCGACAGCAGAGUCGUGCUGGUAUCUUUUAACGAGGGCAGAGGACUGCACGGUACUCUUACAGUCACAUCUCCGCUCAGGAGGAAGCGAAUCAUUCAGCAGCUGCUGGUUGGCGACCUAGCAGACCUGGCUGAUGAAGGGCUCUCUCAGCUCCUUCCAAGUGGUUCAGAGACGCUCCAUGCCGGCAAGAAGAAAGACCUCAAGGACCAGCAGAGUGAGACUCUGGCCAAAUCCAAACAACAAACGCUGUAUCCAUCCUCGUGGAAGAAGAGCCAGACCGACCGCUCUGUGGGAAAGUUAGGGCUGGCUGAAGACGCACUGUGCUACAGCUCACUUGAGCAGAGAGUUUUCCAACAGCUCAAACUAUCCCACACUGAGAACAAGCUCGUUCAGGCUCUCAGAGAUGAAGUUUUCCCUGAGCUCAACCUGAAGAGCUACCUGGACUGUAGGUCAGAGUUAUCCCUCCCUGCUAUCAGACAUAUUCUCCGUGGACGGCCAACAGAUGAGGCUUUUGAAUUAGAUCGCUCUCUGACAAAAGCCUUGAUGAAUCAGAGGAGGAUUUCACCAGCAAUCAAGCAAAGUGUGCCAAUGACAAAAGAUGGCAGUCUCCCCCCUGCUACUGUUCCCAGGAAACCACACAGCCAGGGUUAUCCACAUCCCUGGCUUUUGCCAAUGGAGUGGGAAGACUAGAGGGAUUCCUGACAUAGUUGAGACUCACAUUAUGUCACUUUCUGUAGCAGACAUCAGUUGUGUGUCCCACAAUGAAAGACUAAAGCUAUGCAUUUCUUUGGCCAAGCUUUCUCAAAAAUGUAUUUAAAAUUUAAUUCUUCUUUCCAGAGUGUGCACAUAAUUUAUGACUGAUAUAAUCUGAACUAAUAUACUGUAGCUGUUGCUGUUGUGUUAUUGAGGGCAGUGCUGUUGCAUCCUUAUGCAUAACCAGUCAUCACCAUUGACUGUUUCCACUACUGUUAACAAAUUCUUAAACAUUAAGCCAAGCUCAAUAUUUAGAUUUUUUUCAUGAAACUGUGUAAAAACGAGAAACAUGUACUUUUUCACAAAGGGGUCUGAUUGCAUACUUUUGCCUUGCCAUACCAUGCUUUUAAUUAAAGAGCUAUGCACUCCUCACGAAAAUUGUUGUUUUACAAUUUGGUCUUCUGUUCAAAAUGCCAUUUACAAUAAAUAAGGAAAUAGGUACUAUACAUGGGGAACAAUUUUCAAUAAAAGCUUUUUACAUAAAGAA